GACUCCUCAUCCCUAAAAGGUCAAACGACGUCGCAUCCUUCAUUUCAUUCCCUUGCUCGUCUUCUCCGCCUGAAACACAGAAAAAUGAACCAUAAACACAAGUGGAAAGUAACAGAAGAGACAGCGAGCAAAACAGAGGAGAAAGGGACAACAGACAUGAGCUGAGAGUGUUUGCACGGAAAAUAAAAUUCAGAAGUGAAAUAAAAAAAAGAGCACUAGAGGCCAAUUCGACGGAGGAAGAAGGCAAGGACGCAUCUGAGGCGAAGCAGAAGAGAGAGAACUGUACACCUGGGAGUUUGAUUUCUAUUUCGGUUUAUUGUGUGCGUAUGAAAGCGUCUUCCUUUUUAUUCAAACGUGGAGCGGAUGAGAUUGAAUUGUGCACAGCCUGUUACGUAAGCGGUGAUUUAGGUUUCUUGUUAUCUAAAGAAGUGAAAAAGGAAAAGUAAAAACAGAUGGCCACACAGCUGUACUACCAUUUUGGAAGAAUUUUCUCCACAUUUUGAAGCAACACUGAUUUUCAAUUACUAUUUCGUGCAACGUUGCUUAAUUUCACUUUCUGAUCCAAGAGUGGGGUCUGAUUGUAUCUCUCGAUGCUUCUUGCCUUGGUCGUGGUUAAGUUGGUUUGAGUUUGAUUGAUCUUGGGAAGAUAAGCUUAUUUGAGCAUAGUUACUGGAGAAGACAGCUACUUGUUUUUUCCAUGUAUUCAUAUGAAUUUUUUUAAGUUGUGAGAAGUUAUGGACUUUUUGCUGAUUGGUGGGCAAUGGGUUUGACUGACUUCUACAUUUAUCUAUGGUAGCUGUUGGAUAAGAUCAUGAUUGGUAUUUCUAGAGAUUGCUUGAGGAAUAUUUACCAUAAGAGAAAAUUUGUCCAGGAUGUUUAUUCUGCAGGUUUAUUUCAUCAGCAUCUUGCCUUGUUUAAACCCUUCUCUUGUUUUGCAUUUCCUCCAGUAUCUCCAUUAAUGCAGUGCUUUGCAGGUUCUAGUCAUAGGGACUGUUCUAAGGUUAGGUUAGAUUCUACAGACAUCUUAGCUCAUACACAGAUGAACCCAAAUGGCAAACUUGCUUCAAAUCUUAGUUUAGGUGGAGGAUUUGUGCCAGGUUCCUUCUAUUCUUUAUAUUCAACUAAAGCCCCAUCAAGAUCAUUGAGAAGGAGAAUCAGGAAAAGAGAGAAAUGUAAUAGCAAAACAGUUCUUGAUGAAGCACAAUUUCAGCAAGCACUUUCCCUCCUCCUACCAAGAUUUACUCCUGAAGAGCUCCACAAUGUCAUAGCUCUCCAAGAAAACCCUGUUGUGUGUCUUGAGCUAUUCAAUUGGGCAGCACAACAGCCGAGGUUUAAGCAUGAUAUAUCCACUUAUCAUAUCACUAUACAGAAGCUUGGCACGGCAAAACUUUAUAAAGAAAUGGACGAUGUUGUUAAUCAGGUCCUUGCUAUUCAUCACUUUGGUUCAGAGGCGCUGUACAAUACAAUAAUCUAUUAUUUCACUGAAGCUAGGAAACUAAGUAGAGCUGUGAAUAUAUUUAAGCAUAUGAGAAAAAGCAGGAACUUGGGCUGUAGGCCUUCAAUUAGAACAUAUAAUAUUCUUUUCAGAGCAUUAUUGAGCAGGGGUAGCAAUUCUUAUGUAAAUCAUGUGUACAUGGAGACUAUUAGAUGCCUAUUCAAGCAAAUGGUUGAUGAUGGAAUUGAACCUGAUAUUUUCACAUUAAAUUCUAUGAUAAAAGGGUAUGUGCUUUCUCUUCAUGUUAAUGAUGCACUUAGAAUAUUCCAUCAGAUGGAGGUUGUUUACAACUGCCUUCCCAACUCAUAUUCCUAUGAUUAUCUCAUCCAUGGCUUGUGUGCCCAAGGUCGAACAAGCAAUGCUAGGGAGUUGUGCAAUGAAAUGAAGAAGAAAGGAUUUAUUCCGAGCAGUAAAUCCUAUAAUUCUCUUGUGAGUGCUUUGGCUCUUUGUGGAGAUGUUGAGGAGGCAGUGAACUGUAUGUGGGAGAUGAUUGAAAACCAGCGGCUAGCUGAUUUAAUUACCUAUAGAACAAUUCUAGAUGAAAUCUGUAGACAGGGAAGUUUUGCUGAAGCCAUGAGACUGUUGAAUGAUUUGCAGAAAAAAGAUCUUGUGGAUGAGCAUGCCUACAGAGGUUGCUAAAUGUUAUUGAUGAUGAUGCUGGAACUUAAACUUAUCGAAAU